AUUUUUCAGAUCGCCUUUGAACGCAGCAGUGCCUUUGGCUGACGUUUGUUUUCCCCUUCGUUACCAUGAGUUGAGCAAACUUAAGUCCUGGGAAUGCAGCCGCCGCUCCCAUCCGAGGUCGUCCGAGAGUUGGUGUGCUCCUGUCUGCACAGAGAUCCCGUCGCGGCAGAUCUUCGUUGCAGCCUGUUUGUUGCUGCUGCUCAAAACUACAAGAAGGACUCUUUGCUUCGACCCUUCCCUCCUCGAUACGUACACGAUGACACUAAAGACUUUGAUGCACUGUUGACAGAUGUGAAUUCCUUCCCUGGUGUGAGAGACUUGGUAAGACUGCGACCAGGAGAGCGAGAGCACCACGUAGCCUUGGCACACUGGAUUCUCUCUUCCAAGAGCUUUGCUGUCAAGACACUACAAAAAGACGAGUAUGGCAAACUUUGUUCCCUGACAGAAAAUGACAGCCUUGCUGCACCUGCGCCAGACUUCCUGUUUGAGCUGGAGUACUGCGACCAGUUGAACGCAAGGUUUGACCGGACGAGAGCAGACCGAGAUGUCUUCUACGCCUUCCAUGGGAGUCGCCUGGAAAACUUUCACUCCAUCAUUCACAACGGGCUGCACUCUCACCUCAACAAGAACUCCGUGUUUGGAGAGGGGACCUACCUCACCAGUGACCUCAGCUUAGCCGUCCUUUACAGUCCCCACAGCAGUGGUUGGCAGGAAAGCCUCCUGGGUCCACUUCUCAGCUGUGUUGCCUUGUGUGAAGUCAUCGAUCACCCAGAUGUCAAGUGUCAGGUGAAGAAAAAAGACUCCGAAAUCCUUGACCGUCAACGUUCACGGGCCAAAAACAGCGAGGGAGGCGACGUGCCACAGAAAUACUUUGUGGUCACAAACAAUCAGCUUUUACGUGUCAAGUACCUGUUGGUUUACUCUCAGAGGAAAUACCUGUCCAGACAUUCCCGCAGUAAUUCCUGGUUCCUGAGACACCACUUUGCCAUCAUGAUGAGUCUCUACCUUCUGCUGCUCAUAUUCAUUGGCACCUUCAACUCCAACGCCUUCAUAUCCUUUUGGAACCGACAAUUCAGAUGACAAGACAAAAACAAAAACAGACUUACUCGGGUCUUUAUCCACUGUGCCUUCCUGGUCAGACUCCGACUGGAGGCCUCGACUCACUGACUCAUUUUCUACUUGUAGCAAAUACUUGACUACUUUCAACUGUCGUCGCCGUGCAGAAACGGAAGUAAUUGUCAGCAGAUGUAACCGUCUGACUUCUUCCUUUUUAAUAUGUCUGUAUAGAAAUAAAAGUACAGCACAGUCUACCAAGUUAAAAACCUCUUUGGGGUUGUGAAAUGAAUCACCUCUGCAGAUUUGUAGAGAAAAGUAUUUGUCCAAUUGACCAAAGCUGUCAUGCGUGACUUGACACGAGAUCUACUACACGGCUUGCCAGACUUUGAGUCAGUAAGCAUAAGAUUAUUUAACACUUUGCGAGAUAAGAGCGUGACAAUAUUUCUCAAGCACAGUCGCAAAUGAGAUCUUUGUUUUGUUCACUUUAUUAAAAACGGUAUUCCUCUUAUAAGUACCUUUCAUUAACUCUGGAAUAUUCACGUACAGUACAUAAGUGUUAGACCACUUCUGUUUGACUAAACUUAUCUGCUUGAUUUCUCAUAAAUUCAACUGAUUGUCAACAAUGGGCAAAAUCUAACGAAUCAGAUUCGACUAUGAAAAUCCUUAAUCGAAGACAACCUUAAUUAUUUUAUUACUAAUAGACUUAUUUAAUAUCUUUUAUUCUAAUUCAACUGUUAACAUUUUUAGUUUUAAUUUGUGAAUGAAGCAACCGUCAGAUGCUUAUGUUCAUUCUUCGGUCAUGCAUGCAAAGCCAAAAAAACAUUUCAAAAUCCACGUGCAUUGUUUUGUGACUCGGUUAAAUAGAAUUCAGUGGAACCUUGAUUUACAAACUUAUGAAUUGGUUCUUGAAACCGAAAAGUUCGUACAAUGAAGCAGAGUUCCCCAUAAGAAUCGAUGUAAACAUGAAUAACUGGUGACAGCCUCGCAAAAAGUCCCUAUUUUAGUAAAAACUGCACACUUUGGAGACCCUAGAAUGCAGUUGUGUCCACACACGCAUAUAUAUAUAUAUAUAUAUAUAUAUAUAUAUAUAUAUAUAUAUAUAU